GCACUAAUUAAUUGAAGGGUGGGGGGGAACCUGUUGAGGCUUCCCUCCUCAUCUUUCUCAUUAAUCUCACUGCAUUUUAUACUGCAAGUUGCUGCGGACGACUCCAGCAGACUUCACAACACAGGAGUGUCUCGACGCUGGCAAUCUUGACAGGAUGUCUAACAACAUGGCCAAGAUUGCGGAUGCUCGAAAGACGGUAGAGCAAUUAAAGCUGGAGGUCAACAUAGAGAGGAUGAUGGUGUCCAAAGCAGCAGCGGACCUGAUGGCCUACUGUGAAGCCCAUGCCAAAGAGGACCCCCUCGUUACGCCUGUACCUUCCUCAGAGAACCCCUUCAGAGAGAAGAAGUUAUUCUGUGAGAUACUUUAAACCCUGUACCAAUAUUUGUAGAUUUUUCUUUGUGGUUUAUAUACACUACCUGUCAAAAGUUUUAGAAGACCCCAAUUUUUCCAGUUAUUUAUUGAAAUUCAAGUCGUUCAAGGCCAAUGAAUAGCUUGAAAUGGUACAAAGGUAAGUGGCGAAGUGUCAGAGUUUUAAAAAAAAAAGGCAAUGUUACCCAAAACUGAAAAAUAAUGUGUAUUUUAGAAUUAGGGGCCUGUUUCAGGGUCCACAAAAUGGGUCAAAAAUUUAAAGCUGUUGUGCAGAAAUGGAGGUUGAUCAAGCCUUGGCAGCUGGUGCAACUAAUUCCUACAGGUGCUCCAAGUUCUGGAGUACUUACUACCCUCCUCUGUCUGCAUAAAAACAGUGUUGGGAACACACUGUGGUACUAUACCCUCGUGAACAUCAGUUGAACAGCCUUGUACUGGAGAAAGUCACUUGUUGCUACAAAAAUGGCAAGAAAAAAUGGAAUUAACAAUGAAAGAAAGACGGACCAUCUUAACACUUAACAAUGUAGGUUUUUCCUCCAGAGAAACU